AUGACUGAAGUAGAACCACAACAUACUACUGACGGUGCAUCAGUAGCUGAAAGGAUUUUGGAAGCAGCUAGAAGAGAUAAUACUGAAUUACUUUUAGCCAUAAAGGUGGAACUUCAAAAUGAUCAUGAAAAACUAUCCUCGUUAAUAAAUAAUACUCAUGAAGUCAUAACGGGAAACACUCCAUUACACUUAGCAUGCCAAUUAGGAAAUUGGGAAUUUAUAGAUAUCGUAUUGGACAUAGAAGGGGUUGAGAUUGAUCCUUACAAUAGAGAACAAGAUACCCCGUUGCAUUUGGCUGUUAAAUACGCCAUUGAUGAAGCUGAUCAUGGCUAUUUUAUCAUUGAUAACUUAUUAGACGCAGGAUCUGAUCCAAGAAUUAAAGAUGUUCAUAAAUUAAGACCAAUUGACUAUGUGAGUAAGGAUAAUGCUAAACUUAGAGAAUUAUUAGAAAGUGCUGAAUAUGCAAUUUCAAUGGAAGCUACAGAAGUUUACGCUGAAGGUGAAACUAACGUGGAAGAAGCAGACGAAGAAGGAGAUGAAGAUGAUGUUGCAUCAGCUUCUGAUUCUGAUUAA